AUGCCCGACAUGCGGAAGCUGUGGCUUUAUUCCUGCGUGGCGCUUACCACAUUCAUCGAAAAUAACCCGUACUUACCCACAGCUGUACCUCCACUAAGGUCAGGUUCAGACAGUCAAAGAGAGAGGGCCUAUAUCUUCCCCUUCCCAGCUUCACAUGCCAGUUACUCACCGCAAGUUUGUCACACAAGGGAAGGAUCGCAGUAUACAAUCCAGGUCACUGGUACAGUACAGUACAUAAUGUACUCUAGAUUAUUCUAUCACGCACACGGCAUCACACAACUUGAAAAUCCCACAUUAUCAUCGACAAUCAUCGACAUCAUCAUCAUCAUCAGCAUCACCGUCUCCAACACCACCGCUAACACAAUGUAUUCCCCGCCAAACUCGAGCUCGACCAGGCGGAGCAUAGCAACAAGACAGAGAGUCUCUCGUGCGUGCGAUCGAUGCAAUCAUCUUCGCGUAAAGUGUGAUGGUCAGAGGCCCUGCGAGCACUGUCUGGUAUAUGGACUAGAGUGUAAAUACGAGCGGAGGCAGAAGAAGCGUGGCAAAGGUUCCUUGAGAAUUAACUCUGGUGAAAACUCAAGCACGAACCCAAACGAACCGAUGACACCCACCACCAGCGUAAACUCACCAUCAUCAAGCCCUACCGCCUUCCAUCUCUCAAUACCUUCAACACAUCUAUUCUGCCCCGAAGACAAAGACGGCUAUCACAACGAGUUUGUUAGCGUUGCUUCGAGUGAACAAUCAUCGCAGCACUGCACACCAGAACCCCCGUUCUCCUCGUUAUAUAAAGCCGAUCCGGAGACUACUGUAUAUACGAAUGGAAGAUCCCGUGGCAGUGGAGGUUUACAGCAACAGCAUAAACAUUGUUUCGAAAUCCCAGAACCAAUCAGCUAUGCCCCUCAGCUAUUGAACCGGACACACCCCGGACCCUUCGACCCGGCCAAAUGUACGACUCCGACUCCUCCCUCAAACCCGGUGCCUAUGACCCCGCCUGAAGGCUAUCAGAUGCUUCCGUAUAUGCCUCUUUGUGCCAACUGUCACUGUAAUCCCUCGGUACGGCUAUAUCCUGGGUCAAUCUUGUGGCUACCAGUGGCACAGUCACAGCUGGGCGACGGGUCGGAGUACAGCGGAUUAACGAUGUGUGAGGGUGGCACAUACUGCUUCCCAGACCAGCAGAAGCCUAUCAUACGGGAGUCAUGA